UAAGAAGCAGAAGAAGAAGAAGAAGAAAUAUUGGUUAUAUUAGGGGUAUAUUCAUAUUGAUAGUGACAGCAAAGUGAAAAGUUUUUUUUAUUAGAAUUGACCCAUUUUCUUCAUGGAGGAUUCAUUAGAAGAUUAUAUAAGAAUUGCUAGAAAUUCUAAACAGGAAGAUCCUGUUGAUAUCAGGAAAGAGGCUCAUCAAAUUUCCCUCCAAAGAAAAAAACAAUGCGAUGAUCAAGCUUUCAAAAUUGUCGAGUUUUCCAUCGAGGGAAAGUUGCGACCAGAUAUAUUUACUAGAUGUCUUCCUUAUAUAAAUCAGUCUCAUUAUCAAGACAUCACGGAAGAAAGGGCAAUUACCAAAUUGUGCGGGUACCCAAUAUGUGGAAAGAGGAUUCCAGAUAUGCCAAAAAAACAGUACUACAUAUCAACAAAGACUAAUAAAGUUUAUGAUAUAACAGAUCGUAAGAAUUUUUGUUGCAAUUUUUGUUACAAAGCCAGCGUUCAUAUCAAAAAACAAAUUGAUGACAGUCCAUUGUGGUUGCGAAAAUAUGAGAAUAUUCCCGAAUUUAAGUUAUUGGGAUCUAAUGAAGGGGGUUUGCCAGGAGAGUUUGUGGAUCAAGGGAUGGCAAGGCCUGUUGUUGAUUCAUCUUUCAUGCCUAUAUCAUCAUUUGCUGAAGUAUCCCUGAAAGAUAUGCAGGACAGAGAAAUAGGCAGAGAUAAAUCAAACAAAAAGGAGAAGAGUAGAGGUUUGCAUAAAAAGGUAACAAAACUGAUAAAAACCAUGCAGACUAUCAACGAAAAUACAGAGCAGUUAGAAGAGGAAGAAGAGACAGUAACUAUAGCAAAAAGUGAAAAACCACUAUCAUAUAAUGUCGAGAGGUUAACAUCUGCUCUGCCAGUUAUUAUUGAGAAUGAAGAAAAUGUUGAUUUAAAAUCAGACUCAAAUAAUAUAAAAAAUAACUCUGAACCUCCAGCGAAAGUACAUUCCAGAAAGCCUAAGAAGAAAAGUUCAAAAUCUUCAUCAAAAUUCGAUCCUGAAGAGAUAAUUAAAAAAGUUGUUAAAGAAUGGUUAACACUAGAGACGUAUGUAUUUAUAUAUGGCGAGAAUAAAAUAAAAGAGAUACUGAAUGAGAAAAAGUUGAGUGAAUAUUUUGAUGAAUUGAAGAUUGCAGAUCUGCAAAGGGACCAACAAAUCAAAUACAUGGAUAUAUGUAAAAGAUUACAUUUGCAAGAAAUGGCUGAUCAAAAGUUUGAUGAAGCUAUUGUAAAUGGAUCGAAGUUAAAACCUAUUCCAGACUUCCAGAAGUUGAAAGAGGAAAGUAAGGAUCUCCGCCUUAAAGUUAAAUGUUUCUAUGGUGGAGUAUUAUACGAGAAAGAUGAUACAAAUUUUCCUACCAAAGUAAAUAAGGAUACCUCGAAUAAUGAGGAAGAGCCUCCAGCAGUUUUACCUUUAGUGGACAUCAGUUCUCAAAAGGCGUUGAGGAGAAAAAUAUUUUUGAGUGCUGUUAACAAAUCGAUGCAGAACUUACUGGAAGCUUUGAGAGUGAGGAAUUUUACAGCAGUACAAUCAGAUCUCCAAGGUUUAGUGAAAACCUUUAGGUUGCAAGCUGACAACAUAGUAUUCAAACCAGUCGUUUGGAGUUAUAUAGCUAUUAUCUUGUUAAAUAUAUUAUCGAUAAGGGAUCCCAAUCUGAAGAGCAUUCUUGAAGAACCUUCAUCUAAGGAAUUCAUCAGCUUGCAGCUCAGUUUAUUACCUGGCAAAGGAUCAUUCAUAACAGACACAAUGUCCAAUAUACAGAACAUUGAAAUGUUUGUUGAACAUUAUAUAUCCUGUAAUUGAUGUGAUAAUAUGCUAUUAUUUAUUAUACUUUAAGGAAAAAACCAAUAA